AUGCGGUCAGAAAACGUCCUUUGCGCCUUGGGCCUAGCGCCUUUCCUCAGUCUUUGCAACCCCAUUCGCAAUUAUGAGCCAUUACUGUUGAAUGAGGAAGAAGGUAAUACCACUACCACCAACGCACUGUCACAACAUACUACAGGCCGGUCUACAUCGGAAAGCGAAUCAAUGCCACCAAUUUUAUUUCAGCAUUGGGAAGCUCAAAGAGGAGGGGCAAAAGGCACGGUGAAUCACAUCAGCCCUGAUGGUAGGCCGACCUUCGAAUUCCAAAUUCAGGGCAAGUGGCACUGCGACCCUACCAUGAAGAGACUUGUUCAAAAAUCGGGUGGAGCUCCAGGUUAUCCCAUACUUCAUAGAGGAGCAGUGAGGUCAAACAACAUAAGGAGGAAACAGGGUGGUUAUUUUGACGAUACUGAUGGGCCAUGCAGCAACAGAAACAAAGGCCAGAAAACAAACUACUUCUAUCAGCAGGGCGAUAACAAAAAUUCUCUAGAAGAGAUGCAUAUGGCAUUCAUGGAAGAGGGGGGCCUUUAUGUACCAGAAGAUGGGUAUAUCGGACAAACAAAACUACUACCUGGCGUCGGACGUAGCCAAGCCUUUCGAUGCGUGAAGUCAGAGAAAAUAAGAGUGGCUCAAUUGCUUUCAAGAACUUCCAGAGAGGUAUUAACGAGAUCGAAUCUAGGUUCUGGUCCUAGAUGGGCCGGGGCAAUACAGAAACGAGGAAUACAGCCAAAAGACUCCAAGUCAGAUAAGACACCAAAAGGUCGACAUAGCAGAGACUACCCGCAGGAAGCAUUUAUAAUAGAUGUCUUUAACUACGGCGCCUUACAAACAUUAGACUGGGCAUAUGACUGGGAAUCGUCCGAAUCAGAAUGUGAAAGUGACGGGCGGCAAUUCCUUGGCCUUUAUCUUCCUAGUAUGGACGACAUGGACAAGAUCCUGCUAGAAGCUCGGAAAAGGUCAUCAGGUGAACUCUCGUCAGACAAACCGACUAACUAUACUUUGCCCAAUAGACCGAAAAAGGGCACAGUCAAGAAAGAAAGGGCUAGUUUUACUGACUUGUUUGAGAACAAAGGGAACAAACAUUGGGAGACAAAGGCUAUGGAAUCAUCAAAGCGUGGGGGGGUAAAUACCGUACCACCAUCGACUCUCCAGAAGGGGGGAAAUACCAAGGGAUUUUCUAAACCGCCUCCCCAGACUCCUGCCAACCAAGCAAUUACAGUGCAAGAACCGUCAGCACCGUCAAAACCAAAGUCUCAAGUACAAUUCUGGAAUGACUUAGAACCUAUCCUCUUUAAAGGCUGGAAGGAUCCGGAGAGCGCUUGGGACAAGCUGGACGAGGACGAUAUUACGACAUAUGACGCUCUUUUCCCAAAUCCGCCGACCCUCGAUCUGGAUAAACUCUUACGCCCUUUAAAAAGGGGCUGGCAAUUCUUUCCAUCCUCGAGCACAGGAGUAAAAGAUGGAAAUGAGAACUGUGGUGGCCACAAAGAUCUACAUCGUUUUACUAUACCCUCGAUACCUGUUGAUAGCACUCCUUCAAAGCCAAGUAAGGGUAUAAGGGGAAAAUACUAGAAUGACCCUAAACAAAUGUAGAAGCACAGACAAAAUAUCAGUGUUCCGUUUUGGAUGAGGCUUUGUAAGAGAGCUUAAAAUACUCCCCCAUAUCCUGUGUAAACAACCCUCUGCCUGGAGAGGCACCUAGCCACUCUAUCCCACACUCUUCAGCUACAUUUACC